ACAUCAUCAUCAGCAUAUCAGCAUCAUACCUGACUGAACCAGAAGCCAGAAGUCCGGCAGCCGGGCGUUGACUCGUCGCCAUCGCCCCAUGUCCAUGUCCGUAUGACGAUUCCGUGAAAUCGCGAUGACUCGCUCCGAGGUGUUCGACUUCUUCGAUAAGACAUACAUCUGUCCAAACACCUCAAUGACCCCCUCAAACAGCUUCACAAAGCCACAUAUAACCUACAACUGACUAGAAAAGACAUCUCUGAACGAGCCAUGUCAUACCCAAAGACCAACCUCGAAACCCUGUCUCAACCGUCCUCAAGCUAUGCGGCCCUCAUCGACCAGACCUACGCCAUCAUCCCCGAAGUCACUCUCGAAUCCGGCGAGACCCUCACCGACGUGCCCGUAGCCUACAAGACCUGGGGAAAGCUGAACGAAGCCAAGGACAAUGUCAUGAUCAUCUGUCACGCCCUGACGGGGAGCGCCGACGUGGAAGACUGGUGGGGACCGCUCUUGGGCCCGGGGAAAGCUUUCGACCCGACGAGGUACUUCAUCUUUUGUGCGAAUGUCAUCGGGUCGCCGUAUGGGACCGUGAGCAGUGUGACGUUGAACCCUGAGACGGGGAAAAAGUGGGGUCCAGAGUUGUCGGGGAGCAGCGUCAAGGACGAUGUCAGGCUACAUAAAUUGGUCCUCGAUUCUCUCGGCGUCAAACAAGUCGCCGUCGUAAUCGGCGGUUCCAUGGGCGGGAUGACGACCCUCGAAUACCCCCUGAACACCCCCCAAGGCUACAUCCGCCACAUCAUCCCCAUCGCCACCUCCGCCCGACAUUCCGCCUGGUGCAUCUCCUGGGGAGAAGCUCAACGUCAGAGCAUCUACUCUGAUCCGGCUUACGACGACGGGUACUACUGUUACUCGGAUGAAGAGGGCGAGGACGAUGACGCCGUGCCGAACGAGACGGAAGAGGAGAGGAAACGGCGGAUCGAGGAGAGACAGCCGACGAGAGGAUUAGCGGCGGCUAGAAUGGCCGCCUUGUUGACGUACCGAAGUCGAGACUCGUUCGAGAGCCGGUUCGGCCGCAAGUACGGUCAGCCCGCUAAAAGGGGUCGAGGUGGAGCCCUAUCCCCCGGAGGUGUGAACGGUAGAAAGAGAGGAUCCGGUGCUGGAUCGGGUACCGUCACGCCCAGGGGAGAGGACAACCUCCGGGCUCACAACGACGGACAUCGAGCGAGGAAGGAUUCCACCGGGUCUAGCAAAGCCGGGACGCCCGUCCUGGAAAAGACCCGUGAAGUGCUCGAGCAGCUGCAUGUUCCCCUCCCCACCGUAGUGGAUCAACAGGAUCAGACCCAGACUCAAACCCAAAGCGAAGCCGCUGGAGGUCCCGGGUUGACCAAUCUCGAGUUGAGCAUGCCGGGAGGUAGUAGGAGUAGGACGCCGGCUCAGCAAGAGGGAAAGCUCGGGACUGGGGCUUCGAGGCAGGUCUUUUCUGCCCAAAGUUAUUUGCGUUACCAGGGUGACAAGUUCACCUCUCGAUUCGAUGCCAACUGCUACAUCCACAUCACCCGCAAGAUGGACACGCACGACAUUUCCUUCCCCUCGUGCUUCGACUCCGACCCUUCGAUCCUCUCGCACCAACUCCCCUUCCCCAGCUCGGACGCUUCGGAGGAAGAACAGACCUCUGCCCUCGCCCACGCUCUCUCCCUCUUACCCCCUGCUCUAGUUAUGGGCAUCGAAUCCGACGGUCUCUUCACGACGAGGGAACAACGCGAGAUCGCCAAAUCCAUCCGGGAUUCCGAGUUGGUCAUCAUCCCCUCGCCGGACGGGCACGACGGGUUCUUGCUCGAGUUUGAAGCGAUCAACUCGCACAUCCAACGGUGGCUCCAGGCCAAGCUUCCCGAAGUUUACGAGCGGGAGCCUCUAAUCGACACGGACGCUCUGGGUGAAGAAGGGUUCGGGGUGAAGAAGGAGAGUCUGUUUGGAGAGGCCGAAGCGGAUAUCACUCGGUGGUAGAUGCGCGGGUCGUAGCGGGGAGACGUAUAGACAUACUAGAGACAUGUCGUUGGUCUGAGAUGGCCCUUGAGUCCCAAGCCUCCCGAACGCUUACACUGCCGUCAUGGCCGUGUCGAUCUCGAUCAUUAUGGGCUGCCGGGGCAUUCUUAACAUCCUCGCCUAUCGCUUCAUGAUGGAUCAAACGUACAGUGUGUAUACUACAAAGUGCAUAGAGACGCAUUGUAUCAGAUUGAAAGUGUUCCGCUGAGGAUCGUAGUUCAGCGCC